AUGGGUUUGCGCUAUACGUCUUAUAUUGAUCAUCCGAAAAGUAAGCAUUCGAAAUUUGUGACAUAUGGAUGCUGUCAUUGCAGAACUCAUCUCUCGUCGUCCGCGCAGGUGAUGUCCAAGGACUAUCGUGGCACGACUGGUGACGCUUACCUUAUGAACAAAGUGGUGAAUAUUGUAGAGGGUGACAGGGAAACGCGCUGCAUGAUUACCGGGUGCUAUGUAGUAUGUGACAUUGUGUGUCACAUGUGCAAGAAUUUAGUGGGCUGGAAGUACCUGGAGAGCGAGCGAAAAGACCAGAGAUACAAGGAGGGCAAAUACAUUCUGGAGCUGCAGACGAUCUGUAAGGUCCAUUAA